AAAAGCAGAAAAUGUCUUUUAGAGAAAUUUUUAAAAAGAUAAAGAAAAAUAAAAAUUUUAUGUAUGGUGUGCCAUUCUUAAUUUUAAUGGUCGCUGGCUCUUUUGGUCUUCAGAAAUUUUCCGAGUUAAGAUAUAAAUAUUCCCGGCAGCAAACUAUUACGCCAGAAGAAAUGGAGUUGAUCGGUGUAAACAUGAAGAAGCCCGAGGACGUGACUAUAGAAAGGGAAUUUGAAAAAAUCACAAAGCUUGACAUUGAAAAUUGGGAGAACAUUAGAGGACCGAGACCUUGGGAGGAGAACGUAGAUUAACUUAUUUUACUUUGUGUAAACUGCAGAUGCUAAAUAUAUUGGCAUUACUGAGUAAAGAAUCACGAGAUUUCCAAAGAUGCGGAUUAUCUUAAAUUUUCGUUUGAUGCUUUCAAUACAAUUUUUAAGUAUAAGUUCAAAGAUUAAAGUCUUAAAGCAGUCCGCUGUUAUCAUAUGGAAGAUCCAUGAUGCUUAUUCAAUCUUCUUAUUUUAUUGCAUUUUCUAGAAGAAGAGUUAUUACCGAGGGAUUUAUAUAAAUACUGAGUAAGAUGUUGAUGAAGUCAUUGUUUUUGUUAUAUAGCAAGUCUAUUGAACCGAAAGUCCAAGGCCUUCGGAGAAUAUACUGGUGGAUUUAUUAAAUCAAUAUCAAUUGAUUUAUGAAAACAUUUCAUAAAUCAACAUUUUAAUAAAUCAAUAUCAAUUCAUUUCUUAAAACAUUUCCAUCAACGCAGCUGCUUUUCAGUUUUUCAUUUUUAUCAACUCUUUUUAUAUCCACCACUAUAUAUAUGUAUAAUCGUUUUGUUUUCUUUUCAUAAUAUAUGUAGCACAAAAAAGGAAGCUGCAGAGACUACAAAGUAUAUGUAUUGUUAAUCAGCGUGAAAUUCUAAGUUGAUUUCGCCAUGUCUGUUCGUCUGUAUGGUGUGUU